GAGGGAACACACUGUGUUAAUAGGUAAGGUUUGUCCUUGCUAACAACUGUAUUCUGAAUGCAUUUUCUUCAACGACCUACAGAGGGUUAAAAAAUCAGACAUGAGGUACUGCCUACAGAUUAUUGCUGUGAUCACUGCCGUAUUCCUGCCUCUGUUCUCCAAAGCUGGCUCUGAAACUCCAGCCUCGUGCUCUGUGGCACAAGGGCUUCCAGGUUUAAAUGGAAGAGAUGGUAGAGAUGGUGCCAAUGGACCUAAAGGUGAUGCAGGCUCACAGGGAUUACCUGGAGAUCCGGGAACCCCAGGUUUACGAGGCAACACUGGGCCUCCUGGAAAAGUAGGGCCUAAAGGAAACCAAGGAGACAAGGGAGAAAAGGGAUUUCCAGCAAUGCCUGGACUCAAAGGAAAUGCAGGCCCACAAGGAGUUCCUGGACCAAAAGGAGAGAAGGGAUAUUCAGAUUCUAUAAUAGAAACCCUACGUGCCAAGGUGAAUAGUAUGGAGGCCGAACUAAGAAAUCUGAAACUUAAUUUGGCCAUACAGAAAAAAGCCUUGGUAUUUUCAAAAGGAGCAAGUGCUGGUGAAAAAUUGUAUGCCACCAGAGGUGAAGAGGCCACAUAUGAGGAUGCUAUGUCAACAUGCUCCAAGGCUGGGGGACAACUGCCAUCACCAAGGAAUGAUGCAGAAAACAAAGCUGUAUUUAGUUUAUCUUUGCUGUACAAUAAAGCACUAGUCCUUGGUAUUCAUGAUAAACAAAAGGAAGGCACUUUUACAUACUCAAACAAUGAUAAAAUUGGAUUUUCUAACUGGAAGCCUGGUGAACCCAACGAUCACAAUGGAAUGGAAGACUGUGUGCAAAUGCUUAUAGAUGGAACAUGGAAUGAUAUCAGAUGUGAGCUAAAGCACUUAACUGUUUGCGAGUUUGCCUAGCACUGAAAAUUUUCGUGAUAGCAGCAAUCUAAAAUAUUUUGAUAAAUGUUUGUUAUUGGGCAUGUUCAUUAUGCUAUCAGUAUUUAUGGUAGCUGUAAAACUUUUUUACAUUUAU